CAGAGUUUGCAGUGCAGUCCCGCACAUUCGCUGCGUUCCUGACAAGCGCUCACCUACCUGUACGUGCGUUAUUUGUCCGUCCCUGUUCCGCUGGACUCUGAGCCUGUCACUCCCCGAGGACAUAACGUUCCCUCCGCCCUGAGCAGGUGGAGCUGCUCCUGCGGACACUUCUCCUGGAGCUCCCAGCUUUUCGCCCGCAGUGCUCGGCUUCUUCUAUCUGGAUGUCCGCGGGACGGGGCGGCUCCGAGCUGUCAGAAGUGCGUGAUGGACACCGGACUAGUCACUGACUGAGGUACGAGAUCACAGGAAUGGCGGGCUGUCGGAGGUUUCAUGAGCUUCAUUAGGAUUUUGGUGGCUUUUGAAGAAUGAACAAACGUUGCCAUGGAGGCAGAAAGUGAGGUGGAGUUUCCCAGCGAUGUGAAAUUUGUUCCAUUGUGGAGGAAAGCUAAUUCUCAUGUCCCGCACGGAGAGGGACUGUACUACAGCCCCAAACCAAGACCACAGUCCUAUCAGAGCCCGAAUGGAUUGCUCAUUACAGACUUCCCUGUGGAGGACAAGCAGAGUUUCACAGUGACCCAACCUGCCGAAAGGAUUACAAGUUCUCCAGAGGGCAGGAUCCAUCACCAAGGAGGAACUUACUUGCACCGUCCUAAUGGGAAAUUGCAGCCAUCAUCAUCCCUAUCAUCUCUGGAAUAUAAAUCAUUGUCCCCAAGCCAAAAGCGUUCAUCUCAGGUCUUAAAAGUGGUUUCCAAUAAUUCUAUCACUUUUACUAACGGUGAAUACCUUUCUUCUCCAAGCCAAAAAUCAAUGCUUUCAAGGCGGACAUCUGGCAAUGUUACACUGACGCCUGAUCGGGAGAAGAUUGUCUUUGGGUCCAGUUCUGGAUUGGUAUCUAAUGGGAUGGUUACCACUACUAACUGCAGCCAACAGGACGCAGAUAUUUCCGAUUCUUUCUCUAGUUCUCCAAAAUCUCCUUUAGAAGAAAAACAGCCUCUGCAAAGAGUCCCAUCUAACCCAGAAAGGCAGUCCAUCAUUCUGAGCACAAACAGUGUGGUGUCUCUCAAAAUAGGGGAGCGACAAAUCAUUCCCAAAGACUUGGCCACGGAGAUCAAGGUGACCACCAAUAAGAAUAGCGCACAGAACAGUCAGAACAUGGAGCCCAGCAGAAGGCUGCUCAAGACUCGUAGCAUGGUGGAGACCAGCACAAGUGGCCGGGUGGCCUCUCCAGAAGAUGGAGAUGUAGAGGCAGAGACAGAAAGCCCGGGUGCACUACGUAGGGGGCUUAGGUCCACCUCGUAUCGAAGGGCGGUAGUAAGUGGUGUCGAUUUCAACAGUUUAGCAGAUAGGAAAAAAAAUAACAGAAUGUCUCAGCCAAUCCUCAAAGCCGUGGUAGAAGAUAAAGAACGCUUCUCUAGUUUGGGAAGGAUAAAACGCAAGAUACUACGAGGACAAGGAACUUUCGAUGGGGAAGAGAACGCCGUCUUAUAUCAAAACUACAAGGAGAAGGCGCUGGAUAUCGACUCAGAUGAGGAAGCUGAUGGCAAAGAGCCGAAAGAAGAUCGCAUUGUUGUUUUGUACAAACCUUUGAGGUCCACAUGGAGUCAGCUGUCAGUGGUAAAGAAGAAUGGCUUGUCACAGAGCAUUGGCCAAGAAGAAAGAAAAAGACAAGAGGCAAUGUUUGAGGUUAUUUCAUCAGAACAUUCAUAUCUACUCAGUUUAGAGAUUUUAAUUCGAAUGUUCAAGAAUUCUAAGCAACUGAGUUCUACCAUGACCAAGACCGAAAACCACCAUCUCUUCUCCAAUAUUACAGAUGUGUGUGAGGCCAGCAAAAAAUUUUUUAAAGAACUGGAAGGGAGACAUCAAAGAAACAUUCUCAUUGAAGACAUCAGUGACAUUAUGGAGAAACAUGCAAAAUCUACAUUUGAUCCCUAUGUGAAAUAUUGCACAAAUGAAGUCUAUCAGCAAAGGACACUGCAGAAAUUAAUAGCUACAAAUGCAUCCUUCAGGGAGGUUUUGAUGAAAAUUGAAGCCCAAGAAGAAUGCAGGAAUCUCCCCAUGAUCUCGUUCCUCAUCCUUCCAAUGCAAAGAGUUACUCGUCUCCCACUCCUCAUGGAUACAAUUUGUCAAAAAACACCUAAAGAUUCUGCUAAAUAUGAAGCCUGUAAAAGAGCCUUGAAAGAAGUUAGCAAGCUGGUACGUCUGUGCAAUGAAGGAGCAAGGAAGAUGGAAAGAACAGAAAUGAUGGUGACCAUUAACUCUCAGUUGGAGUUUAAAAUAAAGCCUUUCCCUUUAGUGUCAUCUUCUCGGUGGUUAUUGAAGAGGGGGGAACUUGCAUCCUUCGUAGAGGACACUGGCAUUUUCUCCAAGAGGACAACAAAACAACAAGUCUACUUCUUCCUGUUCAAUGACGUGCUCAUUAUUACGAAGAAGAAAAGUGAUGAGAGCUACAAUGUGACAGACUAUUCCAUGCUGGACCAGCUCCAUAUUGAGCAGUGUGACAAUGAAGAACCAUGUUCUCCUUUAAAGAACAGUACGCCCAUCCUUUACUCAAGACAGAGCUCAGCGAACCAUCUGUUCACACUCACCAUCCGAAGCAAUUAUGCUGGAGACGAGGUGGAGAUGCUGUUGGGAGUCGAUACCCUGAGUGACCGAGCACGUUGGAUCACCGCACUGGGUCAGAGCACAGAAAAGGCAUGCACCGAUAGAACCACUUUAACACAAGUGGAGAUUAUCCGGACCUAUACUGCCAAGCAGCCAGAUGAGCUGUCCCUGCAAGUGGCUGAUGUCGUCCUGAUUUACCAGAAAGUCAAUGAUGGAUGGUAUGAAGGUGAAAGGCUGAGGGAUGGCGAAAGAGGCUGGUUCCCCCUUGAAUGUGCUAAAGAAAUAACAUGCAAAGCUACAAUAGAGAAGAACAUGGAACGGAUGGGACGUUUGUUGGCGCUGGAAACGAAUGUGUAGAAGUAAAGGCGUAGCAUUUUUCUUACUGCAGGAUUUGCACUAUAGUAGCAGCACUGUGUAGAGAAAUAAGAGGGACGAGGAGUGACCACUGACCUAGGACUUCUGCAUGGACAAAAGAAGAGCUAUGACACGGCCAGGUUGGUUUACUUAACCAGACAAGUGCCUAUGUGAGAACUCCCUGCUUAUCAGUCCACACAUUUGUAGCCUCUUUUUAUCUCUGGGAGAAAAUUUUAUAUUGAGAACUUGAAACAUAGCAAGGCAGGAAAUGACUAUGAAGAAACCUGAUCGUGGAGACUUCACACCUUCAUUCGCAUUCCAUGGGAUUAUCCUGCAGCGUCCUCGCACUGAGAGGUCCCGCGGACUACGCUCGGUGGAUAUUAGGGGGGCUGUUAUGAAUGACAAUUCAGAUAAGCUGUGUAUUUUACCACUACAGUGCGACAGGCGAGGUUGAGAAUGUUCAUGUUUUGGAGCAAUGUUGUUAUGAAUUACUAGGGAAUUAUGACUACUUGUCAAAGGAGAACUUAACAGGUCGCGUAACAAACAUUUUCCGCGUUAUAGGGGUUGUAUUUGGUUAGGAAAGAAGGUUGCCUUUUUCCAGAAACAGCACCACUCCUGUCUGUGGAUUGUUUCUGGUAUUUGCUUGAUCAAGGCUUAGUAGUAGCCCAUGGACAUGAGUUGCAUUUGUUUCUACAAUAAGAGAGCCUAUUAUUUAAUACAACCCCUGUAUAUAACAGUGUAUCCCUCCUCUCCUGACUCAAGGCCAGCUGUCAAGUCAUCACAAGAAGCAUCGUCAGCACCAAAAGGGAAAAUAAGGGCCCAUUUACCUGGCCUGAUACUCUGGGCAAUGAUUGGGAACGAACCAUUCACUUACAACCAUUGGCCAUGACCAGUUACACGCCGCAGCAAUCAUCCGCUCUGGGGGUGUUGCCCCUACUCCUAGAGGCUGUGUUCUCCCUCCUCUGGGCACACCCUCAUCGUCCAGGCAGGAUGACGUGAGCGCUGCUUGGCCCUGUCAGUCAACAUGAUGAGGGUGUACCCAGAGGAGGGACAGCAGAGCCUCCAGGAGUAGGGGACACACCCCCUUUGCAUUUCACAAACAUAGAGGGACAUAGAAAGACGGACAAAGACUGUUAUCUUCAGCUGACAUCAGCACAUAUGUAAAGACUUGCAAUUUUAACAAAUCAAAUCUAUAACUGCUUAUGAGCAGACGUAAAUUUUAGCAAAAAUUUGUGCCAUAUUCUCCUAAAUGAGGUCUUCUUUGGAGGUCAUGAGGACUUUUCUCGUCGCUUGCUAUGACCUACAGGAUUUUAGUGGUGCCGUGUGAGACAAAAACUGGCAUAGACUGCAUUAUAAUUGUGGGCUAUUGUCUUUUUAGAAGUGAGUGCUUGUAUUAAUAGAAGGGUACAUGAAGUGACAUGCACAGCACAUAGCAGUGUACAUACGAACAUCAGUCAUCACUGGGAUUACAGACCGUUGGCAAAAUAUGUUAAAAACAGGACAAUGAAUUAAAGUCUAUAGGAAUUUAGGGGGUCAUUUAUUAAAAUACCGGUCUUAAUAACCCCUAUAUCUGGUGGUGGAUCCGCUGAAGUUAUGAAGAGGUGCAUCCAGCUUCCUUGCUGUCUUACAUUUAGACCAUUUUGUACACCUAAAACAGGCAUAGAAAAUGAUGAAUUAGACGGGCCUGCUGGUCCACGUGACGCCCACUUUUUUAUACAUAGCGUGAGUGGGGAAAAGUCGCAGAUUGUGGUGCAACUAACCGUUGUGCCGCAAUCUGCGCCUGAAAUACACCUUAUAUAAGCGUAUUUCAAGAUAAUAAAUGACCCCCCUUAGUUCUGUAUUAGAAGGUCAGAUAUUUUUUUAACUAGCGAGUUGUCUACAUUCAGAAAAUGUACAAUUACAUGUAAACAAUAAUUGCUAAAUAUUUUCACUGUUUUCUUCUUAUUGCAAUCGUUGUGUGUUUACCCCAUAGAGCAUCUACGCUGCUAAUGAUCGGCAGAUUUCUGAUAAUCCUUCAGUCUGGUAGAUUUGUCCAGUCAAUGGAAAUGAAACAAUUUAUUGUCAUUAUUUGAUUGCUGCAUGCUAUUACAUAUAGCGAUAAUUUAUCAAAUUUGAAACAUUAUAUGAUAAUUACUCUAUGAGGCCUUUAGAAUGAAAAAAUUGACAUCAGCAUUCCUGCCAAAAAUCUGUUUUAUUGUGCCUCAUCCAAAACACCAUGCCACUUUUUCGCCCUUUCCAAGCCUUGAAAUAGGCUUCUUAGAGGCCAAAAUGGUGCAUACAGAUUUUGGUAGGAAUGCUGACGUCCAUUUUUGUUUUAUUUGUGUUAUUCAGGACUGAUAUCGCUGAACUACAGUGGA